GAGGGGACUGCUGGAAAGAAAUUAAAACCUCGGGCUCGCGGGCGUAGUUAUCCAAUAAAAAGACCGACCUGCCAUAUCACUAUUGUACUAAAAGAUAUUUCAUUCAAUGAUUCUGAAUCCGUGGAGCUCGGUUUGCUAAAAAAACCACAAGCGAAAAAAAAUUCUAGAACUAAAGCAUAUUCUGAUAUCCAGAAAAGGAUGGUAUUUAUGGGACAAAAAAUAAAUCCACUUGGUUUCAGACUUGGUACAAACCAGGCCCAUUAUUCACUUUGGUUUUCGCAACCAAAAACGUAUGCUGAAAAUCUGCAAGAAGAUCAAAAGAUAAGAGCUUUUAUAAAAAAUUAUGUAC